AUGACAAGUAAGUCAUUGUUAUUAUCCUUUUUAAAAUAUAAAAAAGUGAAUACAUAUAUUUUUGAAAAAUCGUUCUCCAAUAUUUUAAAAAACACAAAAAAGCAGAUUGAUUGUCAUUCUAAAAGUUGUUUUGUCACAAUGAAUGAGAAAAAAGAGCACGUUCUUGAGGGUGAAAAGAAUAAGCGAGUGGUGAAUGCAAACAAAGAUAAGAAAAAAGAGGAAGAAGGUGAAGUGGAUCCAAGAUUAUAUUUUGAAAAUCGAUCUAAAUUUAUACAAGAACAAAAAGAUAAAGGAAUAAAUCCCUAUCCUCACAAAUUUGAAAGGACUAUAAGUAUUCCUGAGUUUAUUGAGAAAUAUAAAGAUUUAAAUAAUGGUGAACAUUUAGAAGAUACAAUAUUAAAUAUAACUGGUCGUAUAAUGAGAGUUUCUGCAUCUGGUCAGAAGUUACGUUUUUUUGAUUUAGUUGGAGAUGGAGAAAAGAUUCAAGUAUUAGCUAAUUAUUCUUUUCAUAAUCAUGAAAAAGGAAAUUUUGUUGAAUGUUAUGAUAAGAUAAGAAGAGGUGAUAUUGUAGGUAUUGUAGGAUUUCCAGGUAAAAGUAAGAAAGGAGAAUUAAGUAUAUUUCCUAAUGAAACAAUUUUACUUUCAGCUUGUUUACAUAUGCUACCUAUGAAAUAUGGUUUAAAAGAUACUGAGAUUAGAUAUAGACAAAGAUAUUUAGAUUUAUUAAUUAAUGAAUCAUCAAGACAUACAUUUAUAACAAGAACUAAAAUAAUUAAUUUCUUAAGAAAUUUUUUAAAUGAAAGAGGUUUUUUUGAAGUUGAAACACCUAUGAUGAAUUUAAUUGCUGGUGGUGCAAAUGCAAGACCAUUUAUUACACAUCAUAAUGAUUUAGAUUUAGAUUUAUAUUUACGUAUUGCUACUGAAUUACCAUUAAAAAUGUUAAUAGUAGGUGGUAUAGAUAAAGUAUAUGAAAUAGGUAAAGUUUUUAGAAAUGAAGGUAUUGAUAAUACACAUAAUCCUGAAUUUACUUCUUGUGAAUUCUAUUGGGCUUAUGCUGAUUAUAAUGAUUUAAUAAAAUGGUCAGAAGAUUUCUUUUCACAGUUAGUAUAUCAUUUAUUUGGUACAUAUAAAAUCUCAUAUAAUAAAGAUGGACCAGAAAAUCCACCCAUAGAAAUUGAUUUCACACCACCAUAUCCAAAAGUUUCUAUUGUAGAAGAAAUUGAAAGAGCAACCAAUACAACACUAGAACAACCAUUCGAUUCAAAUGAAACUAUUCAAAAAAUGAUUAAUAUUAUUAAAGAACAUAAAAUUGAAAUGCCUAAUCCUCCCACUGCAGCGAAAUUAUUAGAUCAACUUGCUUCACAUUUUAUUGAAAAUAAAUAUAAUGAUAAACCAUUUUUUAUUGUCGAACACCCACAAAUUAUGAGCCCACUUGCAAAAUAUCAUAGAAGUAAACCUGGACUGACAGAAAGAUUAGAAAUGUUUAUUUGUGGAAAAGAAGUUCUAAAUGCAUACACAGAAUUAAAUGAUCCUUUUAAACAAAAGGAAUGUUUCAAAUCACAACAAAAAGAUAGAGAAAAAGGUGACACAGAAGCAGCACAAUUAGAUUCUGCAUUUUGUACCUCUCUAGAAUAUGGUUUACCACCCACUGGAGGUUUAGGAUUAGGUAUUGAUAGAAUCACUAUGUUUUUGACUAACAAAAAUUCUAUAAAGGAUGUUAUACUAUUCCCCACCAUGCGACCAGCCAAUUGA